AUGAUCAUGAAGCUAGGCCUGGCCCUGGUGCUGGAGGUGGCCCUGUGCCUGGGGUGUAGCCAACCCCCACUUUGGGCCCCUAAACACCCCUUCUUGGUACUGUGGAAUGUGCCCUCAGCACACUGUAAGGACCGCUUUGGCGUGCACCUGCCACUCAAGGCCCUGGGCAUCACAAUCAACCAUGGCCAGCGCUUCCAAGGCCAGAACAUCACCAUCUUCUACAAGAAUCGGCUUGGCCUCUAUCCCUACAUUGGGCCCAAGGGGAUAGCUCACCAUGGGGGUAUCCCCCAGAUGGUUCCCCUUGGCUGCCACCUGGCAAAGGCUGCCUGUCAGAUCCGUCACAGCCUAGGACCUAGCUUUGCUGGCCUGGCAGUGCUGGACUGGGAGGAAUGGUGUCCACUCUGGGCUGGGAACUGGGGCCGCCGACGGGUUUAUCAAGCAGCCUCAUGGGCUUGGGCAAGGCAGCUGUUCCCCCAUCUGGACCCUAGGGAGCAACUCCAUAUGGCCCAGGCUGGCUUUGAACAUGCAGCCCGAGCACUGAUGGAGGACACACUGCGGCUGGGCCGGGCGCUACAGCCCUGUGGGCUAUGGGGCUUCUACCGCUUUCCAGCGUGUGGCAAUGGCUGGCACAGCAUGACCUCCAACUACACAGGCCGAUGCCAUGCAGCCACCCUUGCCCGCAACACCCAGCUGCAUUGGCUCUGGGCUGCCUCUAGUGCCCUCUUCCCCAGCAUCUAUCUUCCACCUGGGCUGCCUCUUGCCCACCGCCAGGUCUUUGUCCAACACCGUCUAUUAGAGGCCUUUCGUGUGGCCCAUGCUGGGCACCUGCAUCCCCUGCCUGUCCUAGCCUAUGCCCGCCUUACACAUAGGCGUUCUGGGAGGUUCCUGACCCAGGAUGACCUUGUUCAGACCAUGGGUGUGAGUGCAGCACUGGGUGCAGCUGGUGUGGUCCUCUGGGGGGAUCUGAGCUUCUCCAGCUCUGAGGAGGAUUGCUGGCAUCUCCACGACUAUCUGGUGGGCACUUUGGGCCCUUAUGUGAUCAAUGUGACCAGGGCAGCCAUGGCCUGUAGUCACCAGCGAUGCCAUGGCCAUGGGCGCUGUGCCCGGAGAGAUGCAGGGCAGCUGGAAGCCUUUCUGCACCUGCCGCCUGAUGGUGUCCCUGGAGUUUGGGAGUCCUUCAACUGCCACUGUUACUACGGCUGGGCUGGAUCCACUUGCCAGAAGCCCAGGCCUGGGUCUAAGGAGGCAGCAUAAUGCCAGGAGUCACCUGCCCCUGGC